UGUGUUCUCCGGCAGCAGCGGGGAUAUUGGCCACAUCCAUCAUCGCGGGCGGCGGGGCUGGCAGGAACUGCCGCGCUAUGUCUCCAAGUGCUCCUGUGCCUGCUCAGGGGCCGCUUCCGACGCGCCGCGGGGCUUUCCACCCGGCUCUGGAAUAGAGGGCGAGGGGAGCCGCCCGGGGCAGGGCUGGCCCGAGCGCAGGGGGGCGCCGAGAGCCGAGCGGGAGGGAGCCGGGUUUGCAAACCACCCAGGACGCUGGAUUUGCGGCUGGCCCGGUAGAAGGGGGGCGGGGGAAGCCGGGAGUGGUGCCUGGGCUUGAAGCGGAGCCUCCGUGGCUUUUUUUAGCGCGCGGCGCGGCGCGGCGAGAUGCUGCGGCUGGAGCUCUUCCUCGGCGUGGCGUGGCUGGCCGGGCUGGCGUGCGGGCAGAACGAGACGGAGCCCAUCGUGCUGGAGGGCAAGUGCCUGGUGGUGUGCGACUCCAACCCCACCUCGGACCCCACGGGCACGGCGCUGGGCAUCUCGGUGCGCUCGGGCAGCGCCAAGGUGGCGUUCUCCGCCAUCCGCAGCACCAACCACGAGCCCUCGGAGAUGAGCAACCGGACCAUGCUCAUUUACUUCGACCAGGUGCUAGUGAAUAUCGGAAGCAACUUCGACUCGGAAAGAAGCACUUUUAUAUCGCCCAGGAAAGGGAUUUACAGUUUUAAUUUUCACGUGGUGAAGGUGUACAACAGGCAAACCAUCCAGGUGAGUUUGAUGCUAAAUGGGUGGCCAGUGAUUUCCGCCUUUGCAGGUGACCAAGAUGUGACCCGAGAAGCUGCCAGCAAUGGAGUCCUGAUUCAAAUGGAGAAAGGAGACAGAGUUUAUCUAAAACUGGAGAGAGGAAACUUGAUGGGAGGCUGGAAGUAUUCGACAUUCUCUGGAUUUCUAGUAUUCCCUCUUUAAAUAACUUAUCAUCUGAACAGAGAGAAAGCAGCAAGUCAGAGAAUUUCGUGUGAAUUCCCAAAUUGUAGCUGGGUAUGAAAAGCCUUGGACAGCAAACUUUUUACAUUCAAAUAUUAAAGAAGCUAAAUCCUGCUUAGGUUUGUGUACAACUGCUUUGAACAAUUAUUUUUGUUGUUGCAGCCAACAGAUAGGAGACAAUAUAAUUGAUCAUAUCUCCAUUUAUAUUCCCCUCUUUACACCCCAAAUUAGUUAAAAUCUGUGUAUCACUGGUGUAAUUUGCCAUCAUUUCCCCAGUGGUUCCUGUAUCACACUAUUAUAUCUUCACUAUUUACACUGUUCUUCAUAUUUUGUAGUUUUGUUUUUAAAACAUGUUAUUCUUGACUCUUUAUCUGAGUUUAACAUUAAAAAAGCAAAGUAUUUUUGAGUACAUAGAUGCCACGAUGAAAGAUAAAAUGCAAAUCUUGCUGAAUACUGGCUGACAAAAGUUUAAGAAAAAAAGAGAGAGAGAAAUUUAUACAUGAAGAACUAUUCACAGCCAAGGCUGACCAGAGUAUUUCAAUAUUUCUAUGUAAUUCUGAGUGAUUGUGGAAUUUAAGGCUGCUAAAUGUUUUGAUGCUUGUUUAGCUCUUGUAAAAUGUGGCCCAACUAAACUCCAGGAAGUAUAUUGAACUUUUACUAUUAUUCUGUAAUAUAUGUGUGAAUAUCGAAAAUUAAUUUUUGCUUUAAUUCAAUAAAGUUUAAAUGGGAAUUUAUUAUUCUUAAACAGAAAA